AUGUUUGCCUUUUCGGACCAUAUGGACGAUGUGUUCAACGCCUUUUUUUCUGGCGGUGAUAUGUUUUCCGGAGGUGAUAUGUUUUCCGGAGGUGGCGGUCGCGGUCGCAGGCGGCAACCAAAGGACACCGUUCACGGUCUUCCCGUCACUCUAAAGGAUUUGUACAAUGGGAGAAGUAUUGAAAUUCCUCAUACCCGCACAACCCCAUGUGUGGGCUGUGAUGGCAGAGGAGCGAAGAGCCGCAAAAAUGUUACCUGCACGGCGUGUCGUGGGGCGGGUCGGCGUAUGUUAGCCCGCCAGAUGGGGAUGAUGAUACAACAAGUGACCGUGCCUUGUGAUGCAUGCGGUGGUGAGGGCAGGAGAAUGGAUCCUCGUGACAUAUGUCCUGUAUGCGAUGGCCGGCGCGUAAACCAAGUGGAGUCCUCUCUGACUGUUGUAGUGGAGCCUGGAAUGGAGCAUCGGGAGCAGAUUGUUUUCCACGGUGAGGGCAGCUAUCAGCCUGCUGCUGAUGCUGCAGGUGAUAUUGUAAUUGUUCUUGAGCAAAUGAAGGAUGAUCGAUUCGAGCGGGAGGGAGACGACCUUCUUUAUACGCAUACCAUUUCACUAGCGGAGUCUCUCUGUGGCUUCCAGCUCGUACUGACACACCUCGAUGGUAGGCAACUUGUAGUGCGACGGGAGCGUGGGGAAAUAACUAGGCCGGGUGAGAGGAAGGUUGUUUUGGGUGAAGGUAUGCCGAUACGCGGUCGUAAAGGAAAGUUUGGAGAUCUAGUUAUUAAAUUCGCCGUCAGUUUUCCCGAAAGGAUUGAGGAAGCUCAAGUGGAAAUAUUGCGCCAGGCCCUUCCGGCGCCGAGGAGCGUGGACCUCAGCCACUGCGAUAUGGCUCAGGAGUGUUAUGUGUCUAGAAAGGAACUGGAUCAUCUUCGCCAGGAAUUGGAGAACGAUGUGGAAGAGCAGGAGACGACAAGCGUUGGGUGUACUGCGCAGUGA